AUGAGUUUAAUUCUAAAACACGAACAACACAGAUUCGAAGAUUAUUCGGGCGACGGUAUCUUUUCUUCAUUAUUUUCUCUAAGUAAAACAAUAAUUCCAAAAGUAGCUAGCUUUGUUUCAAAUAACAAAUCACUUCUUUCAACCGGAGCUAAAGCCGUCGGCUCAAUCGCGCAAGCGGGAAAGAGUAUAGGCGACGCAGUGAAACAAUCUGACGAAUUGAAAGAAUUACAACUAAUAAGAGAUCUGCGAAACAUUAUAGUCGCUCACGCUCCAAAAACUUAUUUCGGUUCAGGAGAUAUACAAAAAUCAUUGGGUUCUCUUCCUGGAUUUCCAAGGGCGAAAUAUCCGGGAUAUAAACAUCUUCCGGGUCAUAAUUACACCAGUCCAGGCACUAGGUUAGAUCUGCGAUUAGACGAAAACGAUAAACCCAAACCAGGGGAAGAACCAGUCAAUAGAGUUGACGCCGCUGCGCUUAAACAUGAUAUUUUAUACAGAAAUAAAGACAUAAACUUCAGACACGAAGCAGACAGACAAAUGAUAAUCGAACUUGAAACUAUUCCAAAUCCUGCUUUCAAAGAGAGAAUGCAAAGAGCAUUCAUCAUUAAACUGUUAAAAGCAAAGAUGAAAUUAGGCAUGGGAUUAGCGGAUGAAAUUCACAAAGAAAAACUAAAAACUUUUUAA